AUGCGUGUUCUCAUUAGUGGUGCAGGCAUCGCAGGGCCUACUCUUGCUUGGUUUCUGGCGAAGACUGGUACACAUAUCGAUAUUGUUGAGAAGAGCUCUACUCUCCGAUCCAAUGGCAACGCAGUUGAUUUCAAAGGCCCCGCGGCAACAGUUAUCCGAAAAAUGGGAUUAUUAGAUGAGAUCAAGCGUGCGAGUACGACAGAGAAAGGCACGCAUUUCGUUCGCCAUGACGGGGUACCUUUUGCAACCUUCCCCGCCAAGGAAGGUGCUUGGGAAGGGCAGUCGGCUAGUCUUACUUCGAAUAUUGAAAUACUUCGUGGAGAUUUGGUUGCGAUUCUUUACAACGCAACAAAAACCCUUUCAGAUGUCCAUUACCAUUUUGAUACCACCGUCAAGGAUGUGAUAUCCAAUGAGAAAGACAGCGUCAAGGUGGAACUAAGUAAUGGUGAAGUGCGGGAGUAUGACGUUCUAGUGGCAGCAGAUGGACAGUGGUCUAGGCUUCGAAAGAAAUGUUUCCCAUCUGAUAGUGUCCAUGUCAUAGACAUGGGCAUGUACGCCGCAUACUGGACGAUCCCACGCCUGGAGACCGACGAAGACUGGUGGAGCAUCAAUGUGGCCCCUGGCUCAAGGCUGCUGAGCAUCAGACCAGAUCCUCACGGAACCAUGAGGGCAUUGGUCACUCACAUGCCCAGCAACAGGGACCAGAAGAAGCUGUGGUUGGAGGCGUCUAAAGGCGAUAGACAGACUCAGGAGGAGCUAUUGAGAGAAGAAUUUUCUGACGCAGGAUGGCAAGCACAGAGAAUUUUGAAUGACCUGGAUCAAGCACCAGAUCUAUACUUUCAGGCCAUCCAACAGAUCAAAAUGGUUAAAUGGUCGACUUCUCGUAUUGUGUGCCUCGGAGAUACAGCGUAUGCCCCAACGCCACUCACAGGUAUGGGUACAUCGUUGGCUAUGAUUGGCGCCUACAUACUAGCAGGCGAAUUGAGCAAGCUUCAGGACAAUGAACCCCCUGCAAAAGCGCUUGAAGCAUACGAAGCAAUCUUUCGCUCCUAUGUUGAGAAGGAACAAAACAUUCCCUAUUUUAUUCCUGGAAUCGCACAUCCCAAAACGAAAUGGAAGAAAUGGCUACUUGAAAUGUUCUUGUGGGUGCUGUCGAAGGUUGUGGCACUUCCCUGGGUCUCUGAUAGGAUUGAUGAGGGAGAUAAAGACGAAUUCGCUUGGCCACUGUACCCCAAGCUCGAAGAAGAAAUUCCUGACCAAUGUAUACCUAGGUAG